AUGCUAGCGGUUGCGCUCCCCAAGGAGUCCCGAGAAGCUACCAUGUGUAAAGGGUUUGGCUCCACUCUGAUUGGACCCGCCUUGCAAUGGUAUAUCAAACUCCCUACCAGGUCCAUCUCUUCCUUUGCCAGCCUGAGCGACAAGUUCGUAGAAAAAUUCGCGAGUAGCAGGAGCCUGAAGAAGACUUCAGACGGUCUCUACGAGAUCCUCCAGCAUCGAGUAGAACCCCUGCGGGACUACAUAGCCCGUUUCAAUCAAGAGAAGGUAGCGGUCCCUGAAUGCAACAUCCCUACCGCAAUCUCUGCCGUCAAGAGAGGCCUGCUUCCAGACGGAGGGCUCUACAAAGAGCUAACCAUGUACCCUUGCAAAGCCAUGGAGGAUGUGCUAUCCCGAGGGUGGGUACAGGUGAAGUGGGAAGAGGACGUCGCUAGCCGCGCCAAGGCUCAACCUAAACAGGAUCAGAGGUACACCCGAUUGGACUGGGGAGACCGAGAAGAGAGAUCCUCCGAAAAGGGAUCCAAGGACUCCGGAAGCAGGAGCCGGGGCAGGUUCCAAUACCGGCCAUUAGAAAAAGAAGAGGGGAUGUCUGUGUCUACCUGGCCCGAUAUCUCCCAUCUCUCAAUGUCCACACCAGAGCUGUUCAACACGCUGAGGCAGAUGGGCCAACAGGUCAAGUGGCCUCCAAAUAUGAAAGCACCUGACUCAUUCCGGAACCCGGGACUCUGGUGCGACUUCCAUCGCGAUCACGGCCAAAAAACUGAAGACUGCGUCGCCCUGAAGAUUGAGAUCAAUGAACUUCUCCAAAAGGGGCAUCUCCGAGAAUUCCUUUCAGAGAAAGCCAAGGCUCAUCUCAGCAAAGAAGCAUCAGGGAAAUCCAAAGGAGAUGCACCAAUCUCACCACCUCACCAGGAUCGGGUGAUUCAUGUCAUCUCAAGAGGCUAUGAAGUAAGUGGCUUGAGUCAUGCAGCUGCGAAGAAGAGCACCCGUAAUGCUAAACACGGCCUGGAGACUGCUCAACCUAAACGCCUACUUCUAGGUACCGACGAAAUAAGCUUCACAGCCAAGGAGCAAGAGAAGAUAUUAGCUCCUCACCAUGACGCUCUAGUUGUCUCUCUCAACAUAGCAAACUGUUUGGUGAAAAGAAUACUAGUAGACAACGGGUCCUCCAGCAAUAUCAUCUUCCUGACGGCGUACCAAGACCUAGGGUUAGAGUUGAAUACCCUGACGCGCAAAGUAACUCCACUAAUCGGGUUCAGCGUCGAGGGCAAGCAAACCGCUGGGGAGGUUGUUCUACCAGUAUAUGCUGAAGGGAUCAACCUAUCUACCAAAUUCCUGGUCGUGGACUCCGAAUCGGCAUACAACAUGAUCUUAGGACGACCCUGGAUUCACGAUAUGGGAGCAGUCCCCUCAACCCUCCAUCAAAUAGUGAAGUUCCCUACACCCUGGGGCAUCAGAGCAAUCCGAGGAGACCAGGAGAAUUCUAGGUCCUGCUACCAGACCACCUUAAAGGGGAAGACCAAGGUCUUAUAG